ACUUACGUUUUCUGUGUCAGGCCAGACGUCAGUGUCAAAUUUAGAAUUCCUUCAACAUGUUUACAAUUUAAUUUUAUUGGUGAAUUGGCUAAUGGCCUUUUGAUUUUGAGAUAAAUUUUGUUCUGAACUUUUACCAUUUACUACUUUUUACAUGUAAAUAAAUUAUAUAAUAUAAUUUAUGCUACUUCUAUUUUCGACAGUUACGGAUGCCGAUUACAGUAGUACCAAAUUGACCGUUUCAGUUUAAUGUUUUUAUUAGUCAAUUAUUUAGUAUAGCUUAAAAAAUAUAAUUCCAAAUAUUACAUAUCAAAAACAUGUUAAUAAAUGGGAAAGUUGAAAGAUCUAGAUAAUGUAUAACAUACUACGUGCGUUACUUUACAGGCUAUGGGUUGUGUCUACAUUUACAUUAUUUGGCAGUUUCUUAAUAUUUUGGUUCUAUGGCUUUAUUGUAGCUUUAGUGAGUCUAAUUUUAGGAAUAAUAGGUAUAUUGUACAAUGCACAAGACCUGCUGCUGUAUUACCCCAACGACCCGCCAGACUCGCGUGUGUUUGUACUGCAGCCAAGUACCUUCAAAUUGCCUUAUGAAAGCAUCAAGAUUAAAACUAAAGAUGGAUUCAAAAUACACAUGUUUCUCAUAUUGCAAGCCAAUGAUAGCCAUCGCAAACCAUCCAUGAUCUUCUUUCAUGGAAAUGCUGGAAAUAUGGGCCAGAGAUUGGCGAAUGUUUCUGGGUUUUAUCACAAAUUAAACAUUAAUGUGCUGCUAGUGGAAUACAGAGGCUAUGGUCUCUCUGAAGGUAGUCCAUCAGAACAAGGCCUUUACAUUGAUGCCCAGAGCGCCUUUGAAUACAUUAUGCAGAGAAGUGAUAUAGACCACUCGCAAAUCAUUGUAUUUGGCAGAUCUCUUGGAGGCGCCGUCGCCAUCGACCUGGCAUCCCGCCCUGAGUAUCGUGAUCGGAUUUGGGCGCUCAUCGUGGAAAAUACCUUCACCAGUAUACCAGACAUGGCUCGCGUGAUCCUUAAGUGGAAGUGCCUCAGCUGGCUACCAAUGUUCUGCCACAAAAAUAAGUACAUGUCGUUGAGCAAGAUGCGCGCGGUCCGCUGCGCGACGCUGGUGGUGUGCGGCUCGGCGGACGCGCUGGUCCCGCCGAGCAUGGGGCGCGCGCUGCUCGUGCGCUGCGGCGCCGCCGCCAGCCGCCUCGCCGCGCUGCCCGGCGCGCACGACGACACGUGGACCUGCGCCGAGUACUACCCCGAGCUGCAGCGCUUCCUCGCGCUGCUGCCGCCGCACGCGCCGCCGCACGCGCUCAGCGCGGUGCACGUCGUGUGACGAGCGCGGGAGCGAGCUGCUUACACACUCAUCCGACCGGACGACGGACGAACCGAUCCCGAGGAGGCCCUGUUAUUAUAUUGAAGUGCGGGUAAAGCUUAAAGGGUUCUUGAUAUUCUGAUUUUUCAACACAGGGAGUUGCACGAGGUCUUGUGAGAUUUCAUAUAUACAGGGUGCUCGAGAGUAUUUUCCAUAACUUCAAGACGUUAAUAUUUUUUUUUAAUUUUAUGUUUUCAUACAUGGUUAUUCCGACUGUCCAUGUAACACACGCCUUUGUCUAUCCUUGCAUUUUAAAAUGCAUCAUAAUUAUGAGGAUGUGUAUAAGGGAAACAUUUUAAGAUCUAUGAGUAUUUACAAAAAAAAAUAUUAUUUACUCCGAGAAUAUUAAUUUUAGAACACCUGUUCCUUGAACAUUUUUAAUUGAUUUUCGGUAAACGAUAUAACCUCUUGAGUUAUGGGAGAUACUCCCGAGAUUUGGUCCGACUCAUUAGACGCGCACGCCUCGGAUGAGUGUGCGUUACGUACACACAGUGAGCCGCCGUGCACACAGUCGUCGCUCGUCGCCGUCCCAUCAAUGCGCUUAUACAGGUACUGCAAUGGGAUGAUCGAUAUUAGAAAAAACAUCUAUGUUAACAUCGAGUCAAAAGUAUCGAUGUACGAUAAAUAUCGAUCGAAAGACAUCGAUAUUUCUAAAACAGCAAUGUUUUUAGAAACAAAUAAAACUGUAUUAUAUUUAUGAAAAGUUUUAAUUAUUACAUAAAUGCACUCUUUAAGAAAAUAUAACUCUCAAAUAACAUUCCCAGUAUUUUUUAGGGACACUAAUGGCUAUGCAAUAUUUAGGUGAAGCUAGUACACCUACUGCACGCUAGACCGCGCCCAAAAGAAUAAUUGACGUUUCGAUACUUUAUUCAAGUAACAUCGCUGUUUCGAUGAUAUCGAAGUCAACCCAUCGAUGUUAAAACAUCGAUGUUUAUUCAACGUCGAUGAAUGUCGAUCAUCCCUAAGUCAAAUACACGAGUGUCCGGGUGUCCGGGUGUCCGAGUGUCAGCGCGCACAAUGGUCCCAUGACGUGAGUGGAACCAGACUUGUUUUUAUGACUGCACACGUUCGUCUGACUCCACACAUAUGUGCACACAACACACAUAUUUAGAACUUUGUGAUAAAUUCGUACAAAAUAUAAAUCUUGGUUAUUUUAUACAAACAACCAUAACAUAUUCUUUAGUCCUUAUAAUAUUGUAACAUUUUUCUUAAAGAAAACUAUGUAUUACUAAAAUAUUUUUACAAGCAUUUAAAAUAAAACUUUUUUAGGGUUCCACAACAAAUUCCAGUUACAGUUUUAUCUCUCUUAGUUCAUCAGUUCAUAAUGUCUGUCAACUCAACACAAUGGUUGACACAGAUUGUUUAUUCUAAAUAGUUAUUUUGGCUUCUUUAUAUUUACUAUUUAUUUACAGACGUGUAAUAAUACUCUUCUAUAAUGAUAAGUACUGUUUACAGUAUUCAAUUUAGUAAAAUAUAAUACUCAAUCAACUUAACGAUGUAAUCUAUGCAAUAAUUAUUUAUUUCUUUCAUUCAACUUAACUUAUAUAAGUGGUACAUACAAGACUUAAUAUUUGUCAAAAUAUAACAAAAAAAUAAUUAUUUUUAUUUAAUUUCUGCAUAUUUUAUAUUAUUUUAAUCAUUUUAAAAUCAAGCCGCUUCUAUAUACAUAUAAUAUGUAAUUAUGUAUGAAUAUGACACUUUCCACUUACUUUUUAACACUAACGUUUAACUAUCGUAAGAUAUACGGUACAUGUUAUACCAUACCAUUACCAUUGUAAUGUAGUGUAAGUAAUGUAUACAAGCAUACUCGUGUACAGCAAGCAAUAAUGUGCAUCUUAUUCAUAUGUUUAAAUUAUAUUGACAACAAAACAUAUCAUUCAAAUUGUCACAAAUUUUUUACCAUAAAAAAGCAAUUUAUUGCCUAGUGCAUUUUAUAUUAUUUAUCAAAUUUCUAACAUAACUAUUGUUACAUAUUACAUUUUAAUUGUGAAAUGUUUAUAGUUAAGUAAAGUUAUGAUGUCCAUUGUAUUGGUUAUUCAUCAGCCAGAGUUGGUGAUAAUUAAGCCAAAUUAUUAGUAUUGAUGUAUGCCAAACAGCAGGUUAAUUCACUAUCUUUAUGUAUGACGUAUGUUAGUUGACAUAAUAUGUAACAAAUGUCAACCGGUGCUUACUAGUGGAUACCACACGGUAUGUUAAUGACAUUUUGUCAAUUGUGUUGAUGUUUAUUUUAAUAAUGAUAAUAAAGACAAAAAUAGUGAAUAGGCCAGCUGGUGUAAAUUUAAAUGUAGUAAUAUGGCCAAUAUUUAUUUAGUUUGCCUGACAUAUUCGCUAGAGCAGGAAUAAAUAGAGUAAUUUAUUUGAUCUAAACACCUGAUGGAGAUUACUCAUUAUUUUUAUAUUAUUAUAUAAAGAAGGUAAUAUACUCCAGACGAUGACAGGUCAAUAUGUUUAUUAAGUGCCUCUUAUUUUGUAACUGUAGUAGCAAUAAAGCUGUCUGUAAUCAAGUUUAAUCGGAAAAAAGCACGUCAUCACGCUGAAUUUGCAGAGAUGGCUAAUGUUUUGCUUUCAAUACUUUCAAUGUCUGAUAGUGUGAGAUUUAGGUGAUUUUUAUUUACAUUUUUUUUUUAAUGUUAGUAGUGUUAUAAGGACGGGCAUUUAUAAAAAUUCAAAUGUUGCUAGUAAAUCAGCGUCGUUUGUACCACAUUUGUGAGAUAUUCGUACAAAAUAUAGUAUAAUUUACCGCUUGUGCACUAGUACUUUCCGAGCCUGUUUAUCGCUUUCCACUCCGAAGUCCUUUGUGGUCCAGAUGGAGACGACGGAAGUUCAUUAACAUAAUUUGGCAACAGUUAAUCUUCAGUUUUUUAUCUAAUUAGCAACGUUGAGACUACUCACUGACCUACCGCUGUAAGUACAUGUAUAAAACAUUCCGGUCAUACGAGUAUCUCACAUUAACAACACUAAAAGGUUGAUAAGUCUUCAAAUGUAAAAUCUCAAAAAUAAGUAGUUAGUAAUUUAAAAUGAUUUGUACAAUUUUGUCUCUGAAAGACGAGUGCACAAGCGCACUUAGUAUAAAGUAGGAUAUAUUCUAAAGCAGCAAUAAUAUUUAGUAGUAAUUAUAGCAAUUGGAAUUGUAAUAGCAUAAAGCAUUGACUAGAGAAUUGAAAAAUGUAAAGGAGAGUGAUUCUUUCUUCUUUGACAUGUGAAGUGGCUUCGUUUCAGCGCCUGCGCUGUAUUAAGGUGACCAAAGAUUUCAUUCCUACAUACUCGUGUAUGUGUUAAGACGGUUAUAUGUAACGAUGUGGAAUAUAUUAUCUGACCACACAUAUCCUGAUGUCCUGUAUGUCGAGAACAAUCUAUGCAUAGAAUCUGUAAAGAAACAGACUUCGAGGGGCCACGUAUCAAAAUUUGUUGGGAGGCCCAAUUAAUGAAGGGUAAAGAUUUCUCACAAAAUGAACAAAAAUGAUAGCUUAAAAUGCAUAUGACAAUGACAACCUACGUAGGAUGUUUCCAACUUUUUCGCGCACGCUUAAGCAACGAAUUAAAUGAGAUCGUGGAUUAGAUUUACUUCAGAAAUUACUAAAGUAAAAAAGCAUACAUAAUAGCAUUGUGUUGAAAGAGUUAUGGUAGGGUAAAUCGAAAAAUAAAGAGAUUUUCGGGAUUUGCUAUGUUAUUUUCCUGGUUCUAAACUACCUUUCUACCAUGUAUACCAUACCAUGACUUUCUUAUAUAUAUAUAUAUAUAUAUAAGAAAGUCGGGUUUGUUGCAACACUUAUAAAUCAAAAACGGUUUGGUAGAAAGGUAGUUUAGAACCAGGAGAAAAACAUAGCAAAUCCCGAAUCUUAAUAAGACUUUAACAGUAACUAUCAUUCUCUAGCUCAUAAACUUAGCAAUAGUCUACAAUAUGGCGACCUGUAGGCCUAACAUGCGCUCCACAAGUCACGACAUGAUUGACUGGGGAAGAGAAAAGACAAAUGUCGACCAGUGGCGUAGCUAGGUAACCAAGAGCCCUGGCGCAAAUAAAAAUAUUACUACCACUACUAUAAACUGGUUGGGUUUUAUAAAUAAAAAUAUUAUUUAUAUACAAACACCAUUGACCUAUAAAAGGACGCACAAUCAUGUAGAAAAUUUCACUUUAAAACUGGCCAAUUUUGCUUUGACAGUUUUAGAAUUAUUGGUAAAGAAAAUUGUAAAUAUAGUCCAAUAUUUAAUAAAAUCCUAAAUUCAGAGCAAAUUCAACCUUGAGGAUUGAGUUUAAGGUUGAAUUUGCAAAUGCAACUACUUGAAUUGAGUGCCAAGAAGUUGUGUUUGGCACUCAUUGAGUGGGGACGUUUUUUUGCUCGCGGAUUGUGCGUUCACUUUUUAAUAGGAGAUCGAUGACAAACACAUAAAAAUUCUAAGCUACUUUAUCAUCAGCUCUUUUACGUUUACAAAAUUUCCAAGUUCAGUUCGAUCGCGAUUUUCUGGUAAGGAUUAGAGCCUCCGCAGCUUGAGGGGCCCGGGGCAUUGCACCGCCUAGCCCUUGGGUAGCUACGCCAUUGAUGUCGACCAACAGCGGCGGAGUUAGCGCAGUCUUAUCUCUUUCAACCCAACAUAACCAAAGAGAGAGAGAGUAACGAAUUGACAAUUGUCAUUUUGUAUUGCUAGGCCUAAUGGACUGCAUUUAAUCCAGAGACUAUAGUCUGGCAAGUUUGUUGAUAACGCUUCCAUGAUAUGCGGGCGACAGGGAGAAAGUGCGUGCAGGGAAGUGACGUGCAUCAAUCGUGGGGUUUUCAUUCAUCGCUACACGCCCCCCGGCCCGCGCCGAACAUCAGGAGUGUUACGAACGAAGUUGCCAAGCUAUUACACAAGGUCAAUGUUUGAAACAGUUGUUGCUCUCUUGACCAAGGUGUAGUGCAGAUUGCAGGGCUAUUGAUUUUAUAAUCGAUCGCUCACUGUUCAUACGUACAAACAGUUGGAUGAAACCGAGGAAUCCAUGAUAUGAAUGUAUUUGAGUGCGUGUAGCUCCUAAAACUGGAGUUUUGCUGAUGUCAAUUUAUAUUGUAUAACUACUUAUAUAAAUAUUUACUAGGUAUAUAACACAAAAAGAGCGCUAAAUUAUAUAUCAUUUGAUUAAUAAUGUUCAUGCACAGAGCGACCUUUAGCGUUCUUUCUGUGACACUAAACAUCGUAAUUCAUAUCAUGUGGUACCUAUGUACUACAAUAUGAUUUCAAUGUGCUUCGAAAAUUCUUAUGAAAAAUAAAUAAGAGUGUAGCUUCUAGUAAGGUAGAGUAGAUAUAAAAAAGGAAUGCAACUGGUUUUUUAACCGACUUCCAAAAAGGAGGAGGUUCUACGUUCGGCUGUAUGUAUGUUUUUUUUUUUUUUUUUUUUUUUUUAUGUAUGUCCAGCGAUAAUUCCGUCAAUUAUGGACCGAUUUUGAAAAUUCUUUUUUUGUUUUGAAGGGUUUACUUCCAGGGUGGUCCCAUUUUUUUCAUGUCAGGAGCUGAUGAUGGCAUCCUGGAGAAAUUGAGGGGAACUUUCGAAAGUUGUAGAGACGGCUAGUGCGUUUGUUAGUGUUUCCAUAAGGUAUUUUAAACCACUACAACUUUAUGAAGGUUUGGAGUUGGUCUGAUGAUGGAGCCGAAACACAGACGAUGGAACUCAUCAAGGAUUUACAGCAAUCACCUUUUGUUUGGGCUUGAUUAAUUUGUAUUGAUGAGUACUUUCCACCUAUAUGGGUUGUGACUGUAUUAAGGGUCUGGUGAUGAAGACGAGGGACAGUAAAGAGAACUCCUCGACGGUUCACAGUAGCUACCUUGUGUUUGGACUUGAUAAAUUUGUAUUGAUGAGAACUUUCCACCUAGAUGGAUUGCGACUGUAUUAAGGGUCUGAUGAUGAAGACGAGGGACAGUGAAGAGAACUCCUCGACGGUUCACAGUAGCUACCUUGUGUUUGGACUUGAUAAAUUUGUAUUGAUGAGAACUUUUCACCUAGAUGGAAUGUGACUAUAUUAAGGGUCUGGCGAUGAAGACGAAGCACAGUGAAGAGAUCUCCUCGACGGCUCACAGUAGCUACCUUGUGUUUGGACUUGAUAAUUUUGUAUUGAUAAGAACUUUACACUUAGAUAGGUUGUGACUGUACACACGCAAUAGGUAUGCUAACACUAAAAAUAAAAAAAUAAAAAUUUUAAUAAAAAAAAUUCAACCGACUUCCAACUCAAAAAAUAACUAACUAAAAAGCAAAAAAUAACAUUCUAACUAUGUGCUACCUUCUGAUGAGUUUGAAGGCGGUGCCAAGCCCGUGUCGUGUUUUAAUUAAAGCUGUUUCUGAAAGAACCACAUAAAUUUUGUAGUUUAACCGUGUUUAAUUAAAACAUCACUGGCUUGGCACCGCCUUCAAACUGAUCAGAAGGUAGCACAUAGUUAGAAUGUUAUUUUUUGCUUUUUAGUUAGUUAUUUUUUGAGUUGGAAGUCGGUUGAAUUUUUUUUAUUAAAAUUUUUCUUAACUAAAAUAUUAUAUUAUAGGUUUUAAAGAAUAAAUAGUUACAUAGAAAUUUUCAGGCAACCUUUUUUAACAAGACAACUUUUCAUCUGGUGAAGAUCGUUUCUAAUACGGAUCUUGUACUAUUAUGAAUCGAAGUAAAAUGGCCCAAGAAAUCGGGGAACAAAAGCAAGUCAGAUACGAGUGAUGGCACUACUAACCGCUACCUUUUUAGGGUUCCGUAGUCCACAAGGAACCCAUAUAGUUUCGCCACGUCCGUCCGUCGUCCGUAGACGAGUAUGAAAGCUGUAAAUUAGCAUGAGUAAGUAAAUUAAAAAAUAAAUAAAAAUUCAACCAACUUCCAACACAAAGAUUAACCUACCCACUAAACGGAAAAGCGAAAAGUAACAUCGUACCUAUGGCCUACCUUCUGAUCAGUACUAAGCCGGUGUUAACUUAAUUUAAGCCGUUUCUGACAGAACUACAUGAAACAGCACUGUCUGAAAAACCUAAAAUAUUAAUUACGUCUAUAAAGUGGUAAAAAGAAAAAUUGAAAAAAAAUCUUUUGGUUUGGUUUGGUCCCUGCGUGCAAAGUGUGGUCCCUGCGUGAACUUUUUUUAUCUAUUCUAUGAUGUGGGGUGUCGUUAUCGGUAUUUUUUGUGUAUUACAUAAGGGGAUUAAACUGAUCGUUUAUUUUACGGAACCCUACACUGCGCGUGGCCUGACACGCAUUUGGCCGGUUUUAUUUCAUGUUUCUCUUUGAUAUAUUAUUUUAUUUUUGAAGUGAAACUUAUUUACGCACGCAUGUUGGAGAGUAAGUUGGCGAGUGUGUUGCGAGAAGUGUUAUGGGGCGGCGAACGCACGUUGAGAGAGAGAGCCAAAGAAGUUUUACUACAGUCGUGUGCUUUAAAGCACACUCAUUUUUUUAAAUAUGUAUAGCAAGCCACUUAUAUAACCUGCGAUAUAUGUACGUAUAUGUGUUGAUACAAUCCAUAUAAACGGCGACUGUAGGAGUUAAAAUAGAAGCAAUUUCGCCAGCCACUCACGUUCAAGUUUACCAUCAAGAUAGGUUAUAGAUUUGGUUUCUAUAUUUUUUUCACUGCCACAUCCCAAAGCGUCCUGAAGACUUGAAGGCAAACUCGAUCUUGUGUGGCUGAAUAAUCAUUAUCAUAUCAGCCGAUGGACGUCCACUGCAGGACAUGGGCCUUUCGUAGGGACUUCAAACAUCACAUUCCUGAGCCGCCUGCAUCCAGCGAAUCCCUGCGACUUGCUUGAUGUCGUUAGUCCAACUAGUGGGGAGUCGACCUACAAGCUGCGUGCACGACUGUGCUUUCGAAUGCGGGGUCGCCAUUCCAGCAACUUGAGACCUCGACUGACUUGGGCUGAUUAGUAGCAUUAAACUAAGCAAUAGAGCAGUCUGGAAAAUUCAAAGUAGAUUGUGUAAAGUACCUAUUGUUAUAAUUAGUAUAGUCACUUUGCUUAUAAGAAAUGCAGAAAAAAUAUUGCUGUGAAUCUUGUUUGUAAUAAAGAAUAUUUUACUAAAACCUUGUAUAGUUUUUAAA